AUUUGAUGACGGAAAGAAAAAGGUUAUACAUCAUAGAAAAAGAAGGAAUAGGUUGAAUUAUUAGAAAAAUAUUACUAAAUAAAUUAAAAUAUUGAUAAAAAAUCAAUUCACACUAAACUGAUUUAUAAAAUAAACAGUUGAGCUACUUUAGACUCCGUUUCGUGUGAAAUAUUGCCAUCUACUUGUCCUAGGUUAGGCCGUUAGUGCAUCAUGUUAUUAUUGGAAUAACAUGACAGAAAGGAAAAUGUGCAAGUUCUAUAAUUUGAACGUGCCUGAACGCCGUACGGCCGAAAGCGUGGGCUUGAACCACGGACAUAACGAUGAGGACGAUCGCAAUCCCGACGAGAGGGAUCCACUGGAACCUUACGUUCCACCACACGAGCACAGACUUGAGUAUAGCUACUGGAUGUGGUUCUCUAGACGACCACCCGCUAGAGAACUUGCUGCUACUACAGGUUAUGGGCAGGCUCUCAGGAUGGUUGGUCGUGUAGCGUCUGUGGAACAGUGGUGGGGUCUGUACUCUCACCUAGCCCGGCCCUAUGAACUCCCACCCUUAUCAGAUUUGCAUCUUUUCAAAUUAGGCAUUAAACCUAUGUGGGAAGAUCCAGCAAAUGUCAAUGGAGGUAAAUGGACAGUGAGACUCCGUAAGUCCCAAACUGUUCGGGCCUGGGAGGAUCUGUGCAUGGCAAUGUUGGGCGAACAGUUCAUGGUGGGGCCUGAGCUAUGCGGCGUUGUGCUGUCUGUUCGUUUUCAGGAGGACCACCUCGCCGUAUGGCACAGGACGGCGGCGGACACGGCGGCGUCGGCGCGCGUGCGAGAUGCCAUGCGGCGCAUCCUGCAGCUGCCCGCCUCCGUACCCAUUGAGUACAAGGCGCACGGCGACCGGCUGCGGGCGUCCGCGUCGCGCGCGCAGGACGACGAGCGCGCCUCGUAGCGACACGCCUCCGCGCGCCCCGCCCCGCCCCGCGACGCCACAUGACA